AUGCGGUCUCCGGCUCUUCUUCUGGCUCUGACCGGUUGCGCGGCGCUCACGACUCUCGCUUGGGACGUCAGACCCUUUACGGUGGACAUCCCUGCUGCCGAUGUGCAACGUAUGACUUUUCUCGCGUCCGAGGCACGUUUCCCGCAGCUCCCGGAGUUCGUCGGCGGGAACGCGACCUACGGUGUCGAGCUCGAUGUUAUUGAAAGCAUCCGAGAUCAAUGGGUUCACGACUUCAACUGGACAGAGCGACGGGAAUAUCUGAAUAGCUUCGCGCAGUUCACCGUGAAGAUCGAGGACGUAGACGUUCACUUUGUGCACCAAAGGUCUGACGAUGCGGGUGCUAUCCCGUUACUCAUGCUCCAUGGGUGGCCAGGGUCGUUCCAUGAAUAUCUGCCCGCUGGAAAGGCUGUCAUACCCUCCCUUCCUGGGUUUGGAUUCACCCCGCUUCCCUCAGUGGAUUGGAAGAUCGAUGAUACGGCCCGCGUAUUCAACACGCUUAUGGUCGACGUCUUAGGCUACUCAGACUAUACUGUAUACGGUGGUGACUGGGGUUCUGCAGUUGGUUACGUCCUUUAUGUGGAUUAUGCAUCGGCUGUCCGCGCCACGCAACUCUCGUUCCUUCCGUUCUUUCCUCCUACACUGGCCGAAGCGCGGAGCGCCAAUGCGAGCUUGGACGCGUUUGAGGUAGCGACCUUGGCUCUCAACGACGAGUUCGUGUCCCGUGGAAUGGGAUACUUUCCACGAGCAAUCAUGGAGGACCCUCGCCGAGGCACCGGGCCCUCCGUUCUUACCAACACCGCCAUCCUUACGGAGAUAUUGUUAUACUAUCUGACAAAGUCGUUCCUGUCGUCGAUCUGGAUAUACUUGCAGCAGACGUUCAGCCCAUCAUACGACGUUCCAAAGCCUUCGACGCCGUUGGGAUACAGCGCGUUCCGGUACAACAUCAUCUGGCCAAGAGCGUACGUCGAGAAGGUGGCAAACGUCACCUUCUAUAAUGAGCACGAUUUUGGUGGCCAUUUCCCGGGCUUGGACAACCCUACUGCGCUGGCCGCUGAUAUUCGGGAGAUGUUUGGGUACUUUGUCAGGAAGUAG